AUGCCGGUAUUUCAGGCCAAGACGUUUCGACGCGCAACAACAGCAUCGUCUACUCUCGGAGAACGAAUCGGCGCGGCCUACCGGGCUCAUCUAACUAAACGCCCAUUCCUACUCUUCGGCCUUCCUUUCAUUAUGAUAAUAGUUUCCGGGUCUUUUGCAUUAACACCCGCUGCCGCUCUGAGGUACGAGCGGUACGAUCGCAAAGUUAAACAAUUGAGUCAAGAGGAAGCGAUCAAUCUAGGCCUCAAAGGGCCCGAUGGCGAUGAGGGCAUCAAGCGAAAUCCACGGCGACGAGUUAUUGGUGACGAAAGAGAGGAAUACUAUGUCAGUAUACACGCCUAUCGGUCAAGCAAGAUCUGCCGGCUUAUGGCCAAAGAUCUUGAUGAUUGGGAGCAAAAAAGAGUACAACGCUUCAAAGGCGAGCCUGAUGGAAAACUUUGA